ACAAGUGCUGCCAGAGCUUCUAAGGGAAAGAUCAGGAUCAUCUUGUUGAGAUAUUGAUAGGCAAACCAAAGCCCGGACCUUACAACUGCAUCUGUGCUUGCAGGCUCCAAAGCAGGAAUCUGCCUAAGAGGAACCAGUUGCCGGAUUAGGACCGAAGAAGUCUGCCUUCUGGUAUAUGUGUGUAUCCGUCACCAUACAGGUUUGGAAAACCCACUCUUCUGGAGCAUGUCUGUUCGUCUUUAGGAGUACUGGUCAAGUGACUAUUCCACAUCACUGAGAGACUGAGAAAGUGAUUGAGAGUGAAAAUUUUAUUCAUAUCCAGUCACCAAACCCACCAUGGCUUUCGCCACCAGUGUGUCAAAGAAGCACAUCCAAUUUAUAGCUUUUCAGGUCACUCUGAUAGGAACGGUCUUCUGUGGGAAUGUGCUUAUUUGGCCUGCGGAAGCCAGUCACUGGCUAAAUGUUAAGAUCAUUAUACAGGAACUGAUACGCCGAGAGCACAAUGUCACCAUCAUAGUAUCAAAUGCUUCCCUCUUUAUCACACCACAUGCUGAGAUGUCUGAGAGGUUUGAGGUGUACCCUGUGCCCUUCGGAAAGAACUACAUUGACUCCUUGAUCAAGGAGAUUGUGAACUUGUGGCUGUAUAACAGACCAACCACACUGACCUUCUGGCAGUUCUACAAGGAGCUGGGAAAGCUGAUCAGCAAAGCAAAUAAGAUGAAUAGACAGCUGUGUGAUGGUGUGCUAGCCAGCCAGGAUUUAAUGGCACGGCUGCAGAGGGACAAGUACGAUGUGCUUCUGUCGGAUCCGGUGACUAUCGGUGGUGACCUAGUUGCUCUCAAACUCGGAAUUCCAUUUAUGUACUCUCUGCGGUUCACACCAGCCUCAACAGUGGAGAGGCAUUGUGGGAAGAUGCCCUCUCCGCCUUCGUAUGCACCCGCAGCCUUGUCUGAGCUCACAGACAAAUUGUCAUUCGGUGAAAGAAUAAAAAACAUAGUGUCUUACCACCUACAAGACUAUGUGUUUCAGAGCUACUGGGGAGAAUGGGAUGCGUAUUACAGUGAAAUUUUAGGAAGACCCACGACGCUGUGUGAAACGAUGGGCAAAGCAGAGAUGUGGCUGAUCCGAACAUACUGGGAUUUUGAAUUCCCUCGCCCUUUCCUGCCUAACUUUGAGUUUGUUGGGGGACUCCACUGCAAGCCUGCAAAGCCUUUACCUGAGGAAAUGGAAGAGUUUGUCCAGAGUUCAGGGGAACAUGGUAUCGUGGUGUUUUCUCUUGGCUCAAUGAUUUACAACUUAACCGAGGAGAAAAGUAACAUGGUUGCCUUGGCCCUCAGCCAGGUUCCACAAAAGGUUCUUUGGAGGUACAAAGGGAAGAAACCAGAAACUUUAGGACCUAACACUAGGAUUUAUGACUGGAUACCCCAGAAUGACCUGCUUGGCCACCCCAAGGCCAAAGCCUUUAUUACUCACGGUGGAACCAAUGGGAUCUAUGAAGCUAUCUACCAUGGGAUUCCCAUGGUUGGGAUUCCCAUGUUCGCUGACCAGCCGGAUAACAUUGCUCACAUGAAGGCGAAAGGAAUGGCGGUCGAGUUGAAUUUUAACACAAUGCAAGCCCAGGAUUUAAUUGAUGCACUGAAUAUGGUCAUUAACAACUCCAGCUAUAAAGAAAAUGCAAUGAGAUUAUCCCAGAUUCACCACGACCAGCCCAUAAAGCCUCUGGACCGAGCUGUCUUCUGGAUCGAAUUUGUCAUGCGCCAUAAAGGGGCAAAGCACUUGAGACCAGCAGCUCACGAGCUCACCUGGUACCAGUAUCACUGCCUGGACGUCCUGGCGUUCUUGCUUGUCUGUGCAGCAGCUGCUGUUUUCAUUGCUGUCAAGUGCUGCUUGUUUUGCUGUAAGAAAUGCGGUAGGCUUGUAAAGAAAAAGAAAACUGAGUAGAUUUGCUGUUCCCAUUGGCCAGGUACUUCAGCUUGUUCGUGGCCCUGUUGAUCUAGACAUAUGCUUAAAGUGAGGCGCAAGCUGUAAUACAAUGCAUAGCCAGGGCCAUGUUCUGGUGAAGUAGUAUCAGAAAGUUGCGCAUUUAACGAAUGUGAUGUUUACAAUAACUUUCUUUUGGCUUGAAUAAGAAUGAAUAAUUAGUUGGAUCCACCAAUCUGACUUCUUCAGUGAUUACAUAGGGACUUGUCAUAUGCUAACUGUGGCAAUGAUUUUCGAAAUGUAACUUUCUGGAGACUUUAUUUUAAAAGGAUAAAGCCCAACUUUUUUAGGUCCUUUGCUGUGUCUUCCACCUGCAGGUAUUAAAGUUGAUUUUCCUACCCCAUGAUCUGUGAGAGUGUGUCCUCACUAGAUCAUCCAGAACCAAAAUGUUCAUGUGUCUGUUGUUAUGGCUCCUGGAGGAGCAAACACUGACUAGUUUGGAGCUCAGAUAAGCAAUCAGAUGCUCCUAGAAGAUGCCCACCAGAAAGACCAAGACUUCUGAAAAGAGCCAUCUGCCUGUAGGGUCCUAUGUCCAUAUUUAAGUAUCUUAAUAGAUAACCUGAUUUUCAAAUGUUCUGGGCAUGCAGCAGCUCCUUCUGACUUCAGUGGGACAUGCUGGGUGCUCAACAUGUUUGAAAAAUCAGGCUUUUCAGCAACCAUGGUGAGGAUUGAGGAAUUGGAUUUGCAAAGGAGCCUAUGGUAGUUAGGUGUGCUACUCCCAUUAACUUUCACCAAACUCCCUGGGCCUCCUUUCAAAAUCUCAGCCAAAGAGAAGAACUUCACAUCCCAUGUCUGAAAGCCUUGUCCAGAGUAUAAAAUGGGAAUGGUUGGUGUAGUGAUAUGGAGGCUCCAAUCAUAUCCUUUCUGCAUUGUGUCUCAUGUGAAAAAUCUUUCCAAAGUUUAAUGAAAAUUUGCCCUGAGUUUAAUUUCUGUGGGUGAAGACACAAUUUGAUGGUUGAGAAUUAUAGUGCUGGGAAUUCAGUAGGCACGUGCUAGAUCGUGGGCCCAAGAAAGGGGGUGGCUGUUAGAACGGCAGGGAACUCUAUACGCAGGGAAUAUCACAAUCUCAACAGUGUAGAAAUCCCAGUGGUCAAACCAGUACACAAGGGGAUCCAGGAAAUGGCAGAAUAACUCUAGAAGGGUUUUAUGGGAAUCUAGGUCUGCCCCCUUUGCUCCAUAGUAUCCAGUGCUCAGCCUCCAAUCCCUGGCCCAGAGCAACCCAGCAAGCUGAAGAAACAGCUGCUCCGUCCAACCAAGGUGGGGUAACUGACUGGGUGUGGUGGAAGGCAUUCCACUGUGUCCCAUCCCCUCCAUACACCAUGCAUGCAUUCUUCUGGCCUGCUGUAUUGGGCUGCCCCAUGCUGCAGGACUCCCUCUUCCCAGUGGUCCCCCUUCUGAGGGGUAUGGAAAGUUAGCCUUAGGGCACAUGGUCUCAGUUCAUCUUGCUAGCUGGCCUCCACAGCAGAAACAGCAACUUGCACAUCCUGACAGCUGUCAAAGCUCCCUGAAGAUUUGCAUUAACUUCCGUGGGCUUUGGCUCAGGCCUUAGCUCAUUGUGCCACUAGUAAUUCCCAAGCAUCUGCUGCCAUACAUAGGAGUAGGUCACCUGUGCUACAGCAUUCCAGAGCUGGUGGAGAGGAGACCUGCCUAAUACCAGGCCUUGUGGCUUCAUUGGUCUGUAAGAGGUUAACUUAAAAUGCUCCACUCCUGGAAAUGCCAAGUGGAACUGCUAAUUUCCCUCAGUAAUUGACAAACCUAUUAUCUAUAUAGUGGGCCAACUCCCCAGCAGCUAUAAAUCCAUAUCAAUUGUUCUGUUGAGCACCAUGAAGCUGUGCCAAUUUUAUAACGGUUGAGGAUCUGUCCCAUUUAUGAUCCUGGGGUUUGCAGUUUUGUGUGGUUGCUACAAUAAGCAAGCCACCAGAUUGUGUUUAAGAAUGCUUUUAAAAUUACCUUUGUCAGAGUUGGGUUGCAUUUGUAAAUAUGAUCCAGUGUGUAAUGAAAGGCAACUUACAUUUGCCUGCAGACAAAGCCGCUGGAGAAAACAGUAAGGUUCUUCAUUUACUGCAUAUAUUUUGUUGCCCCACACAAGCUUAUUUUAUUAGCACUAAUUUUUGGAGUUGGUUGUGACAAAUCUUAAGCCUUCGGUUACCUCAAAGCUAUGUAAACCCUUAAAUAGAGAAGGUGGAAAAAUGGCUUUGUUCAUAAAAGCUAAAGCUUUGAUGCUAAACUGAAAAUGGGACAUUUCAAUGUUGGUGGCGAUUUAGGAGAAUGUAGAAUCCAGGGCCUACCCUAGCAGAUAUGCUGAGUAUAAGACACACUAAUUUGAAUGGUCAUGUUUCUGAGCAUAUUUACACUGAGUAUACAGAAAAAUACCUAAAUUGGUCAUCAGCUAUUGACACUAGAG